AUGUCUGCUCUUUUGACAACUCUUGGGCUCCGCGCCGCCCCUGGCCAGACAGCCGGGAACCACGCAUCAGCAUUGCUAGUGGUGAAUUGGUUCUUCGCGUACAUUUUGACGAGCCCUCGCGGCGCAAAGAUUCGUCUAGGUCUCGAUCACAAUGUCAACCCGCGUGAGGACUUGACUACGUACGGCGAGGCGGCUGUACAGUCGGGAAAGAUUACUCGUCAAACCCUUGAUAAGCUAAAGCGCCAGACGUCGGCGCAUGCCAAUGUGCAGGAGGGAUUUACUUUGUUUGUUGCGGCGAUCCUCAUCUCCUUGUACGCCGGUCUCCCAAAUGAGACUAUCAAUACCAUCGGUAUUUGGUAUUCUAUUUCCCGUGUUGCAUACCACCUGUUCUACUGCAACAUCGAAACUCGCUCUUUGAGCUUUUUGCGCUCAGCGGCUUGGUGGUCCGGAAACAUCAGCUGCCUUUACGCGCUGGUACAGGCCAGCAAGAAGUUGUAG